CCUAGCGCACUCGUGACAUCGUUACGAUUACUUUUGUUGUCACAAUAACAAUGAUGAUGGUAUUAUUUUUUUAUUUGGUGGUGUUUUGUUUUUAAUAUUGUCAAUAAACAACUACAUAAUUUAAUCGCUGCCUGCUGCUAUACUGCAUUUGUACCUAUUGGUUUCAAGAUGCUGGUUUUCAUUAAUUAUUUUAUACGUCAGUGACCAGUGACCAGCAAUUUGAUUGCAACUUGGGACUUCUUGGCGGGAGUGUGAAGCGUCAUGUUAGCAGUUUUGUUUUAUUUUCUAAAAUUCAUGUUUAGACGACUAUUAAGUGUGUAAUAAUGGUGGAUUAUUAACAAUUAAGUAUUCGUGAACGUGCAUGAGUGUGGGCAAAUGAAACAAAAUAGUGCAGUGUGAUUCUUCGGAUUCUCUCAAGUAGUCCAUCCAUUAUGAAGUCUUAUUAAAGCACCACAACUUUACUGAGACUAAAAGGGUGGGAAGGGGUAUCAUCUAUCAUCCUUCAUUAUAUCAUUUAAUUAACCUAAGUCCCGUCCCACUUGGUCCCAUUUUGUAACUGGUCUCACUUAAAACUUGAAAAUGGCACAAAUCAAGUCGGCCUCGACGUGGAUAGCCAACAUCAAAAAAGAAGAAGGAGAUUGUGACCACAUCCAUAACUGUGUGGUGACUACCACAGAUGAGAGAGAAUGGCGGACUUAUACUGGAAAGCCGAGUCAAGUAAAAAAAACAGUGGGGUGGCGGUGAAGAUGAAAAAUGAAUAGGCGCUUUUACACUGCGCGGAAAUUAGCUGAGUCAAGUCAAAAAAACAGUGGAGUGGGGAUGAAAUUCAUUCAUUUUUCAUCCCCACCCCUGUUUUUUUUACUACCUCGUAAAUCGUAAACCGCUUAUUACCGCGUAAUCUUUCAUACAAAUAACUUAAAUUUAAAAAAAAUCAUAAAUCAAUGGUACGGAACCCUUUGUGCGUGAGUCCGACACGCACUUGGCCGGUUUUUUGACUUGACUCGGCUAAUUUCCGCGCAGUGUAAAAGCGCCUUUUAGAUUGUGACUUUGACAUUGACAGGUUGAGAUGUCUUUCUUUGACAGUCUUUGUCAAUCUCGUUUAUUUUGAUGUUUUGCUGAUGAUCUCUUGCAUUUUCCGCCAAAAAUCGGAUUUUAUUCAGGGUAAAUGGGAACCACAAUGAGAACCAGCUAUUCGCAAUUUAAACAAAUUGUCGAGUUUAUGGAAAGACAUGGCGAUCUCAGCAAGAACCCUGAAGGGACCCACGUGAACUCUCAACGGUGGGAGAAAUUAAUUGAAAUGUUAAAUGCUGAUGCCUCCGGCAACAAAAAAUCGGGCGAAAAAUGGAGAAAAGUAUGGAGUGAUUUUAAAAACAACACUAAGAAGAAGGCAUUUCGCAUUCACAAAGCUGGUCCCGACUCUUCCACGAGGCUGACGGAUUUGGAGCAAAGAGUGAUUACUAUAAUGAGCACUAAACCAGUGCAUACUUCAGAAACCACUCAACUAGUACAUAAUUUAGUAAGCACUCAACCAGUGAAUACUUUAGUAAGUACUCAACCAGUGCAUACUUUAGUAAGCACUCAAGCUGCUACUGGCCUGAUAAACAUUCCAGAAGUUGGCAUAAAAUUAGAGCAUGAAAUAGACUGGAGUCUUCAGUCUAGUCCACCUUCUCGUAGCGAGUCACCUUUGACGACCGGUGGGACAGGAGCCAGCAGUCCAACUUCAGCCGUGGUGUAUGUGGUCGAGACGAUCGAGGCAGCUGUGGAGGACGAUGCCGCCUCGACAGCGAUCAGUGAGGGGCGCCGCGAGCCGAGUAGUGAGGGGCGCCGCGAGCCGAGUAGUGAGGGGCGCCGCGAGCCGAGUAGUGAGGGGCGCCGCGAGCCGAGUAGUGAGGGGCGCCGCGAGCCGAGUAGUGAGGGGCGCCGCGAGCCGAGCCAAGAGCCAAGCCCCACCCUCGUGCCUCCUUCGCCUCGUCUGCGGCGCAUAUAUCGCCCUCGUCUUGGUCCCCGCCGUUCACCUCCUACUCAACGGAGAAUGCCAAAGCGAUCGGAACUGGCGUUACAAGAAAUUCUCAAAAGCGACAGAGAAUGGCGGACGUUACAACGGGAACUAGAGCGAGAUAGAAAUAGAAUUAGAGAAGAAGAAUUGAGAAUGCAGGGGCGAUGGUUGGAUUUAUUUGGACAGUUUUUAUUAUUAGGAAAUAGAUUAAGUGACAUUUUAGAAAAAAAUAAUAAUCAUAAUAACAAUUAAAUUUAUUGAAUGAAUGCAA